AUGUCCCAAACCCUUAUUUCCCAAAUUCACAAUAUUUCAAUAUUUCCACUGUACAAAAUCUCCUUACCGCCGUUUCACUAUUUCCACUGUCCGCCAUUUCCGUUCAGUACCCUUACGACCACCACCAAACCCGCAACUCUCCCUCCCGGCCCACUCCACAUCCCCAUCCUCACAAGCCUCCUAUGGCUCCGAAAAUCCUUCUCCCAACUCGAACCUUUUCUCAAAACCCUUCACGCCAAACACGGUCCCAUCAUCGCUCUCAGAAUCGGUUCUCGACCUUCCGUUUUCAUCACCGACCGUUCUCUCGCUCACCAUGCUCUCGUUCAUAACUCGUCAAUCUUCUCCGGCCGCCCUAAAGCACUUCCCACCGGAAAGCUCAUGUCCAGCAACCAACACAAUAUCAGUUCCGCUUCUUAUGGUGCUACAUGGAGAACCCUCCGCCGUAACCUGGCCUCCGAGAUGCUCCAUCCAGUGAAAGUCAAAUCUUUCUCAGAAAUCCGGAAUUGGGUCCUUGACACUCUCAUCAACCGUCUCAAAACGGCUUCGGAGUCUGAAUCCUUUAUGGCUAUUCCCCACUUUCAUUAUGCAAUGCUCUGUUUACUUGUUUUUAUGUGUUUUGGUGAAAGAGUUAGCGAUGAGAAAGUUAAUGAAAUUGAACGUGUACAAAGGACGCUUCUGUUGAGUAUGAGCAGAUUCAAUAUAUUGAAUUUUUGGCCUCAAGUUACUAAGAUUUUGCUCAGGAAAAGAUGGGAGGAGUUGUUAAAGUUGCGUAAGGGUCAGGAAGAUGUUUUACUUCCGCUGAUGAGAGCCAGGAAGCAAAAUAAGGGAAGUAAGAGUGUUGUUUCUUAUGCGGAUACUCUCUUGGAGUUGGAGUUAAAGGAGGAGAAUCACAAGUUGAAUGAAGAUGAAAUGGUUAGUCUUUGUUCUGAGUUUUUGAAUGGUGGCACGGACACGACUUCCACGGCUUUGCAGUGGAUUAUCGCGAAUUUGGUCAAGUAUCCGGAUGUGCAGAGAAAGCUUGUGGAGGAGAUUAGGGAGGUAAUUGGUGGUGAUGAUAGUGGAUUGACCAAGAUAGUGGCACCUGGCGGUGAAACUUUGGGUGGUGUAAUUGGUGCUUUCCAACACAUGAUACGAACUGAAGGCAUCUUUUCUCUAUACAAGGGUUUAGUACCGUCACUUAUAAGCAUAGCUCCUUCUAGUGCUGUUUUUUAUGGUGUAUAUGAUAUGCUAAAAUCAUCUUAUCUGCAUUCACCCGAAGGAAUGCAAAGAACCCAGAAUUUGCAUAAACAGGGUCAGGAACUGAGUGCCUUUGAUCAGCUUGAGUUGGGGCCAGUAAGGACAUUGUUGUAUGGGGAUAUUGCUGUGGAACAAGGAGGCGUUUCAGCCCUCUAUGCUGGACUUGUUCCCAGCUUAUUACAGUCAAAUAUGACUACUGACAAAGGAGUAGAUGGUUCUGAUGCAUCCUUUUCCAUUUCCAUGGCCGAAAAUCAACCUCAAAAUAAUCUACCGAUGCCUAUAACAAAUCCACCUCAAACUAUUAAUUUAGACAAUGUUCAUACUAGUAAAUGA